AGGGUAGUCGACAGGGCAUUGCAGUGUGGUUGCUAAGGUUAUCCCAAGUCAUUUUUAGUGUUCUCAAUUGCUCUUUCAUGGCCCAAUUCAACCCCAAGUAUAAACAAUACAAGAAAUGGCUAGAAAUGACCACUAAUAACCAGCAAUUAUACAAACAGCUGUCGAACAUUAGGACAAGGAACUGUUCAUCUAAGAAGCAGCUACAGUGUCCUAAAUGAGAAAAGGCUUAAGAGCCUUUCAUCCUAAUGUUUACUUCCAUUUUUAGAGCAUUGAGACUGUGUGGAAGUGAUCUUUACAGAAACUAAGGGUCCUGCAUUAUUCAUCUUGCUGGGCCCUGGUGGAAAGUGAGCGUAACAAAGUGCUCAGGUUUCAUCCUGUUGCUCUGCCGCUCAUUGUGUUUUCUGUUUCCGAAGUAUCCACGUGAGCAUGAGGGUGAGAGGAAUCGAAAUGGCCAGCAAGGACUGUGUGAAAGUGGCAGUCAGAGUCAGGCCUUUCAAUAAGAGGGAGCGGGAUGCAGGCAGUCGCUGUGUGAUCUCAAUGACCUCAAACAACAUCAGUAUUCAGGACCCUCGUAAUCCACAGAACAGCCGCACCUUCACUUUCGACUACACUUACUGGUCUCAUAGCGGCUUCAGUAGAAACAAAGAUGGUCUGUUUGUACCUGAGGAGGCAGGUGGGCGCUAUGCAGACCAGACAAGUGUGUUUCUGGAUUUGGGGCAAGGCAUUCUGGAUAACGCUCUGCAGGGCUACAAUGCCACAUUACUGGCAUAUGGGCAGACUGGCUCUGGGAAGAGUUACUCUAUGGUCGGUUAUGGUCCUAACAAAGGCCUCAUACCCACCCUUUGCGAGAAACUAUUUCAGUCUAUCCGGAGCAUGCAAGACAGCAGGCAGUGUCAGGUAUUUUUCAGCAUGUUGGAAAUCUACAAUGAACAGGUUGUAGACCUGCUAUCGAAGUCCAACCGAUCUGCGGGUGGUCUGCGGGUGCGAGAGGACCAGCAGAGGGGAUUCUAUGUUGAGGGGCUGAGGCGGGUGCCCUGUGACAGUGCAGUACAGGUGGAGCAGCUGAUGGAGCAGGGAACACGCACGCGCACCACUGCAGCCACACACAUGAACGCCAACAGCAGUCGCUCGCACAUGCUCAUCAUUGUCCAGCUCAAACAGAUCUUCUCAAAGGAGUGCAUCACCAAACAGUCCAACAUUUACCUUGUGGACUUGGCUGGUAGUGAGAGACAAAGGUCAUCAGGGUCAGAGGCCGACAGGCUUAAAGAGGGCACUGCCAUCAAUCUCAGUUUAACUACACUUGGAAAUGUCAUCAGUGCUCUAGCAGACAUGGCUCUUGGGAAGAAAGUAGUUCACAUCCCUUAUAGAGACUCUGUCCUCACCAAAUUACUGCAGUCUGCUCUUGGUGGUAACAGUCGAACCGUCAUGAUUGCAACCUUAAGUCCUGCAGAUAUUUGCUAUGAAGAGUCUCUUUCUACUCUUCGAUAUGCGGAGAGGGCCAAGCGGAUCCAGAAUAAAGCUGUGGUGAAUGAGAGUCCCACAGAACGACUGGUGAAGGAACUCAAGGCAGAAAAUGCAAAACUGCUUGUGAGACUAAGCCGACUGGGCCAAGAGGGCCGUAAAACUGAUGAUGAGACGAAGGAGCUGCGGCGAUUGUUGACUCAUAAUGAGCUGCAGAUUCGAGCCAUUCAGACAUUGUGGGAACAGCAUCUCCAAGAGGCCCUGAAAGACUGGGAGACUCAGUAUGCAACUAUAACACACGAACGAAGGAUGAUGCAGAUGCAUCCGUACAUAAUGAACAUCAAUGAGGAUGCUCAGUUGUCUGGCGUGGUGAAGCUUUUUAUUCAGGAAGGUGAAUGGGAUAUUGGUCUGGCUGACAACUCGCCCAGAGCGCUCUCUAUUAGGGGUCUAGGCAUUCAGGAAAAACAUGCUGUGUUCUCAAACCAGCAAAGGAGAGUAUCAAUUACUCCUGUGUCCGGGUCAAAGGUCAUUGUGAAUGGAGUGCCGGUAUUUAAAAGGAUAGAGCUGCAGCAUUUGGAUCGACUCGUCCUGGGCUCGAACAGCACUUACCUGUUCAUUGGCUUCCCUUCGGAGCGCUCAGGAGAGGACUGGAGUCGCUAUGACUAUGAUUACUUCCAGUCUGAGCUGGCAGAGGCCGAGGGCUUCCACAUUCAGUCUCUGUGUGAAGAUCAAGGCCAUCGGCCACACCAGCCUGACCCCAGUCUACUGGCUGUGUUCUAUGACUAUAUAAAGCUGAUGCCCAUGGUGACAGAAGCUAAUCAAAUGAGUAAAGAGUUAAAGAAGGGAGUUGAGUUCAAAUUGGAAAUCAAGAAUCUGGCAAUGUCAGACUCUAAGGGUCAUGACCUGGAGAAGAACAUUGCGGUAAGAGUGACAUCUGUAGAAAGCAAACAGGUGUGGAUGUGGUCCAAAGCCAAAUUUGUCAACCGUAAGUUUCUGAUGGAAGAGGUGUACCAGCAGCAGGUGGUAGGAGGAGAGGGGGCAGACAGAGCUCCUCUUCCCAGGGACAGAGAUCCGUUCUGGGAUCCUCUGGAACCUCUGCACCUGGGAAGUGCUCACUUGUGGCUGCAGUCCGUGGCAUUCCGCAUCCCUCUGGAGGAGCAGGUGGAAGUGGUGGGUCCGGAAGGAACAGAGGAGGCUGUACUGCAGACACAGCUUGUGCCCUGCAGCCCCAUGGGAUUGCCUCUGGGUGAAGAUGACAUCCUUAUUGACCCGUCAGAGCUGCUUGGGAAGCGGCUGGACUUUCAGCUGGUUUUGGAUCAGUGCUGUGGCCUACGCUGGGUUAAAGAGGCUCGUAACAGAGGCGUGCAAAUAGGGUUUCGGGUGUUUGACUGCGCGCAGCCCCUCUACACUCCAGCGAUGUGGCACAACGUGAACCCGCUGAUGGACCACAGAGUCCAAUUCACUGCUUUGAGAACCUCCCAGGAGCUGCUGAGCUACCUGCAGAGCAAUGCCCUGGUGUUGGAGCUAUGGGGUCUGCAGGAAGGAUGUUCUGAAUUAGUCUCGUGUAUGGAUAGAUUGAAGAUGACUCAAGAGGACAGCAUUAUUAUUGACAAGAUCAGUGCAUCAGAACACUCGACUGCAGAAACUGGAAGCUCUGACCUCAGCUCAUCUCUCCGAGCCCUUCAUCAAGACUUGGAACAGCUGAGAAAUGUUAACGCAGCACUGAGGAAAGAAAACAGCACUCUGAGAGAGCAACUCAACUCAGCCAGAAAUGGUGUGGAUAAUAACCGCGGUCGUCAGGAACGAAGAAGCAGUCUGAGGCCCAGCUGUGAUGCUGAAUUUGCCAAAGCCUUAAAAGUGUUCUACCACAGCAUGACCUCUGUUAGGGGGCAACUUCAGCGGCUGCGCAGACACAAACCCAGUGAGGAAGCAGACCUGUUGGGUUUUAGACUGUUUGUGGAUGAGCAUACCUAUCUCCUGAAGGACUUUUCUGAACAGUUGGAACAGUGCGUAACCACUCUGAAACAAGAUGUGGCUGCCAUUGUACGUCGAAAGAGAGAAAAGUCUGGGAUUUGGUCCUGAUACACCUAUUAAAUAAAUCAUAUUGCAUGAUAGUGUACAUUUAUUAGAAUUGAUUAAAGGGUUGACAAAGUGCUACAGAUGUAUUUGCUUGCAUUUUAUUCAUGCUCUGAUUUUGUCUUAAGAGUGCAUUUGGAAUGGGACACUAUCUACUAUUUUUAAACAGUUAAAUGUAGUAUGCGCCAUACUGAAUGCACCAUGUGAAAACUGUUUGUGUGAUGGAAUACUCCGAUAACUCACUGCAUUUGUAUACAACCAGAACACACUGAGUUUAAUAUUAUAUAGCACACUGCAAUGCCCUUGACCAUUUUUGCUGUGACAAGUAAACUGCAAUGAAAGCAAUAUUAACUAUGAUUUUUUUUACAUUUUAACUCUUUGUUGGGUUGGGUAUUGACAAAAUUUCACGAUUCGAUUCACAAGCUUAUGAUUUUAUUCUGAUCUCGAUUCGAUAUUGAUUCAUUUGGAUAUAUAUUAUGUACAUUAUGUAAAUUUUUCUCAAGGAAAAAAUCUCAACUAUACAUGGAGCCCUGUAAGUUGGUACAUAACUGUAAUAUUAAAGGUAAACUUUAACAACUGAUUUGUAUGCAAAGAUUUAAGUUGCACAUAAAGCAGUUUUUAUAAUAACUAUUUGUAUGUUUCUAUUCCAAUUUGUUAUUUUUGUAAUAUAAACAUUCAAAAGGUGGCUGUCAUAAAAACUUUUAGGUUUUCAUGACGAAUUUAUUAAAACAUGCAUGAAAUACUGGUUAAGUAAAAAAUAUAUGCAAUAUUUUGCAUAUAUUUAGCAAAAUUCUCCAACUAUUGAGCUGAAUGUUAUGGGACUGUUUACUGUUUACCUUUCGAAGUGGAAAUCCGACACUGCGUCGUUGAGUUGAUUUUAUGGGGACGCCAUCAGUAUGAUGGGUGUCUGAAGCAUGUGUAAACGCGCCAAUAAAUCAUUGCCAGCUGUCACAUGCAGAGCGCCCGUGAGUAUAAAAGGGUGCCUGUAAUACACGUCAUACGUUUUUUUGUCUUCAGGAGCUGCUUGUUUGUGUGUGCGUGUAAGACAACACUCUGUUGGAGUAUGUUAGACUCCUAAAGGAGCUAGAUACGCUUAUUAUGAUGCCGAUGAAUAGGAAUCGUUUGUACGAGCAUGUUCGUACAAACAAUGGCAGGCAAUUUGUAUUCCCCUGUUUAUUUUAUCUCCCUCCCCAAAUGUUGUUGGGUCUUAAAAUAGGGUCUUUUGCUCCCCUUUUGUUGGGUAACGUGUAGUCUCUCUAGUAUGAUCCAUGUUCAAAGAACCUGACAAGCAGUGGUAGUUGGCCUGGGAGCAUUCAUCUUUGUUAUUUUGCACUCUAUGACUUAGAUGAGUGAAUAGAGUCUUUUUAUAUAUCCUGGAAAGUACCUUUGCUAAGGCAGGGUGUGAGCACUCUCUAUUUGCUCAAGGGUAUUUAAAAGUAGAGCUGAACCUCAGUUGAGGUUUUUUUUGCCAAUUAUAUUAUGCCGCUUUUGUGUUUGCAUCCCUUCUGAUGAAGUUGAGGGUUGCAUUCUCUUCCUGGAAAUAGUGGUAAUAUCGAAGGUCAUAGUUGAUAUACUCCAGGAUAAUCCCUAAAGGCUUUGUCAAGAUGCUGACAUUGUGGAGCCAUUUUUUCUUAGAGUUCUGCUCUGGUGCCUGAUGCCUGUCCCGCAAGGUCAGGACUUCCCGUGUUAUAGAGUAUAGAAACUUGGGUAUCUUCUCCAACUAUUGGAAGAUACUGGCUUUGGGAGUGGUGCCACUGUACAGUCUAUAUAGGCCACAUUUACAUUACAUGGUUCAAGUAACCCAAUUCCGAUUUUUUCCUUCCAUGUGGCAAAGAUCGGAUAUGACCCUACGAACGUGUAAACAGGAAAAGCACAUGGAUUCUGAUAUUCUCAGAUCAGUUUCAGGCCUCAUCCAUAUGUGGAAAUAAAUCUGAUAUGAAUUGUAUAUGUGCAUUUGCAUCUGCCAUGCAAGCGGACAAAUCGGAUAUUCCCGUCAAUGCGAGACAUGUCAUUGAAAAAGCGAUGGCGAAUGACGUCAAUUUGCGAUCACAUGGCUCUUUUCAAUGUCCAGGCUGCAACAAGGGCUCUCCAUUUUUUUUCCCUCCACCUUUAGAGACCAAAGUUUUGCUGACCUUUAAAGAUGGUGCAGAAAGCAAAAGCUUGUAUUAUAAUUUUGUCUGCGUCCACUGCAAAUCACACCAUUUUUACUUCCUUUCCGGCUUUUCUGGGUCAGUAAGUCUACCUUGGGUUGUUUUGCCAAGUGUAUAAUGUAAAUGCAGAUGUUGGAUAUGGGUCACUUUUAAAAAGAUGUAAGCUGGUCAUCCAAAAAUAUAGUCAACAAAUCAGAAUUGGGCAUCAAAACGUGCAGUGUAAAUGCGGCCUACGAGUCAUUUUGGAUGCACCCUUGGAAUGACGUGCUCUGACUCUGGUUAAGUCCUUAGGAGUCAGUUUUUCCUAUGCCCAUUAUGUUUGUGCAUAUUCACAACUUAGUGAGGCAGGCAUUCCCUCAGCAAGAUGUAGUGGGUACUGGUUCUCCACAUCGUCAACACCAUGUCUAGGUUACGUAUGUAACUCGUUCCCUGAGAAGCGGAAUGAGACACUGCAUCUCGUUGUCAUGCCUAGGGCUUGCCUGCAUGGCUCCUUCAUACAAAAGAGUUGAUGACGUGCAUUACAGGCACCCUUUCAUAAACAUGGGUACUAUGUAUGUGACGUCAUGUAUUGUGACAGAAUGUAAUGUUUGAAUUUCAUAAUAAAAUGAUUGCAAUUUAAGCACAACUACAAAUAAUGUUUAGUGAAGUUUUCUUCACAGAUCAACUGAAAACAGCAUAGACAAAGUUCAUCAAAAUGAAAAUCAAAAAAAAUUUCAAAAUCAGUACUGUCAAUAUA